UGUCAGCUCCUGCAAACUGCUUUGUAUGACUUUUCAUAGCAGAGCCAUGCAAAGCAGUGUGCUUACAGUUAAAACACGCACAGCACACAGUUAACAAUUUUAUCACCCCACAUGUUAACCCCUUCCUGCCCAGUGCCAUUAGUACAGUGUCAGUGCUUUUUUAUUAGCACUGAUCAGUGUAUUGGUGUCACUCAGGAUGUCAGUGACACCAAGUCAGUUCCCCUCAGUGUCAGAAUGCCCACUGCAGUCCUGCUAUAAGUUGCUGAAUGCUGCCAUUACUAGUAAAAAUUAAAAAGAAAUCCCAGUAUACUGUAUAUACCGCCAUUUGUAGACGCUAUAAAUUAAUUUACGCGUAUU